CUUCCCAAUACUGUCUAUAAAACUGUGCAUAGAUAGACAAACAGCACAAACCGUUCCAAACACCGAAUUUAGAGCUAGUUUGCCAGGGGCGAUCUGAGACACUAAGAACACAGAAACAGAGCAGAUAUGGCAGCACUACUUGCUUUGUUGUUGGUGACAGGUUCCUUUGUAGGAAGUUCACAAGCAGUAGAGUAUGUUGUAGGAGAUACUACUGGCUGGACGGUACCUUCUACCACCACUUUCUACUCCACCUGGGCUUCUGGCAAAAACUUCUCCGUUGGUGAUGUUCUAGUGUUCAACUUUGCGACCAGAGCACAUGAUGUGGCUGUAGUGACGGAGGAUGCUUAUCAGAACUGCAACAUAGCAAGUCCCAUCAAUCAAACAAACACCGGACCGGCACGGAUCACUCUCAGCAACGACACUGACUACUACUUCAUUUGCACCAUCUCCGGCCACUGCAGCGGCGGACAGAAAUUGGAGAUUGAUGUUGGUGGAACAACCAACUCUUCCACACCCACACCUGGCUCACCACCCGGCACUACAACCACCUCACCACCACCGCCUUCUAGCGCAGCAUCCUCUUUUGUUGCCGCUCUCUUCGUCUCCUUGUCGUCCAUCGCCAUUGGUUUCUUGUACUGAUUAGCUUAUGUUAGUGCUCUCAUACACUUCCUUUUGAUCUCGGAUUUAUUCUUGUGGUAGUUGAUACGUACUUGACAGUUUUUAUGCUCAUAUAUAGACAGAUUCCAUUUGAAUAAACUGUGCUAGUUAUUUUUUCCUAGA